AUGUGCCGCUGGGUUGUAGAAGUGGUUAAUGAAGACCCACCCGAAGCCAUGGAAUAUGUAAGAAUUGCUAAGGAUAGGCUUUCACUAGAGAACGAGUGUGAAUUUUCAGUUGAUGACAGCAAUAAUCCACAUUUAGGUGGAUUUCCACAAUUGACAAUAACUGAUUUAAAACGGUUAGCUCUUGGGACUUACCAACUCAAGCAGGCUAGAUCUUAUUAUGGGGAAUAA